GCAAAUAAGGAAGUGCAUUAUGCGGAAGUAACUUCUUGUUUUUGUUGUAUCAGGGCAGAGACUCACAUGGCUUUAAACCUAACUGGACGUUGUUAGUUCUACCCCAGUAGACAGUAUUGUUUUUUCACCCCUGAAGAUUAAGAAGAUUUAAACAGUAGCAGGUGUCCUUAAACCCACCGCGCCCUCCUCAGCUGAGAACACUGAUUUUUGUAGCCUGGGUGCUGGGCUACGUGGCCUUCCUGCUCUCCUUCAAGAGGAUGUGGACAGGGAAACACAUCCGAAGUCCGCUGGUCCGCUCUCUCUUUAUGAGUAUGGUGACCGAGGGUGAGGCGGGAAUAGCUGACCAGCUGGAGUGGUACCGGUGCUGUCCGGACCUGCUGGGAGAAUCGGUGCGCCCCCUGUUCGUCCAGAGCCACAUGGACACUGACACCAAGGCGUUUCUCAAGCACAGCCAGGAGAAGUCCGGCUGGCUUUUCACACAGCUCUAUCACUCUCUGGUAUCAACUGUCCUCAGUCCCAUGGUGUCGCGCACCUCCAUCAACGGCUUUCUGGGCCGGGGCUCCAUGUUCGUCUUUUCCGCCGAUCAGUUCCAGCAGUUGCUACGGAUCGGCCCGGACUGGGAGGCCGACAGGCUGCUGGAUCUCGGAGCCGGGGACGGAGGAGUCACGGAGGUCAUGGGAGUCCACUUCAAGCAGGUCUACGCUACUGAGGUCUCGCCACCAAUGAAGUGGCAUCUCCAGAGGAGGAAUUACACGCUGCUGGGUAUAGAUGAGUGGCAGCACACUGGUUUCCAGUAUGACGUAAUCAGCUGCCUGAACCUGCUGGACCGCUGUGACGACCCUCUGCAUCUCCUGCGGGACAUCAGGAGCUCCCUGGUCCCCAAGACAGGAAGACUCGUCUUGGCUGCUGUGCUUCCCUUCCAACCUUACAUUGAAGUCGGAGGGAAGUGGGAGCGUCCAAAAGAGCACCUUAAAAUCGUGGGAAAGACGUGGGAGGAGCAAGUCACAAAUCUGUGCAGUGAGGUUUUCAAGCGGGCAGGUUUUGAGUUGGAGGCCGUGACCCGACUGCCGUACCUCUGCGAAGGCGACAUGUAUAAUGACUACUAUGUACUGGAUGAUGCGGUUUUUGUUCUCAAGGCAUCAGAGGACGCUGGAGAUUCUCCUCAGUGAGAAUGGAACUGAUUGUCGGGGUGGAGGAUGCGCUCCAAAUGUUUUAGGGGUUCUUUUUUUUCUUCAUGGGUGUUAGUGCAAUGUAAAACGUGUCGUUCUUGCAAGUCAUCCGUUUCCGACUUGGGUGGAAAUGGGGAGUCGCACGUGAAGCUCAGGUGCUGCGGUCUAGAACUUUUGGAUCCAGAGAUACCUCAACUAUUUAAGCAAUAAAGGAAAAAAAAAAAAAAGAGAGAGAGGCUGUUGGGACAGCCACUAAAGAUUUAGUUCGUCUAACACAUCAUCACCGUGCUGUAAGUGUUAAUCUGUAAAGUCUUGUACUUGUGUUUUGUGUUGAGAUUUAAAUGUUGACAGUGAAGACAAACAUGUUGUUAUUUUAAUUUGGUUACUUUUAGUACAUUACAACAGCUGUAAAUACUAAAGGAAAAAGUAGAAUAUUCCUUACAUUUCCUGGUUACUGAGUAAAAGUUCAGCAAAAUGUGAACUUAUAACACUGCCUUUUGUGCUUUCUAUCAAAUUUAUUAGUAAAUGCUCUCAAAUUUGCUCACUAACCUGUAAAUCUGACAUGCAUAGGAGUGAACCUACGAAAACGGAGGCGGGCUGAAUCAUUUUAGGGCCCGGGGCAAAAUUAAAGACAAGAACCCACCUUUUUUUUUUAUACCAUUCAGUUUUCUGAUACUUUUUCGUUGUCUAAGAACUACUUGCAGUUUCCCGCUGUUUUUACUGCUGCGAGCGGUUUAGUAUUGUAUAAUUGUUUCAGACUCAGUAAGAUCUUGAUUAAUUUUAUCUGUAUCUGUGGAUGUUGCCUUCUGGGACAAAAUGCUUUUAGCAGUUGAUUUUUAUUUUUUUCUUGCUCAUGGCUGGAAUCGGUAACUUAGAUUUCUGCAGUGUUAAUUUUAAAUGGGCCACUUGGUCUUGAAAGAUUUAAUGUCAUAUUACGCACAUAGAGGAAGGUGAAGUAGCCAUUAUGGUCUCUGUGUUACAUUGACUGUAAAUGGGGGGAAACACUAAGAUUAGAGAAAUGCCUACACUUGGCACAAAUUGCAAGCUGUGCUGAUUUAAGAAAAAAAGAACUUUGCAAAAUAUUUAUACAAGGUUUUCUGGAAGUACAGCUGACAAAAUUACAGCUUUUAGGCCUGGUGGCUAAAAUCAGGUUAUAUGUUGAACAAGAGCAAAAAUGUAAAGUUCUAAUGGCACCUUAGAGCUAUUUAACACUUUUUUCUGACGUGUUCAUUUUGGAGGUUUUUCUACAAAUAUGUUAAGUCUAGCUCUGACAUAUGUCAUCGGUUGGUUUUGAAUUUAAUAAUGUGGAAUCUAUUGUUUUUAUUGUGUUUUUGUCCCCAACCAUUUGACCAUAAAAUAAGGUUUGUGUUCCAGUUGAUGGUGCCAAAUGACAAUUCAGAAAUGUGCCAUGAUGUUUUUAUGAGUAAAAGUUGUGUUCCUGAAUAAAAACUAACAAUUUUU